CAUUCUGCUGCUCCGGCGCUCUGCCUUCUCCGAACAAAGGAUACUUGAGUAUGUCUCCGUCGGUCGAGUCGACGAUUGGCUUCUCGCGGCGGUUUCUUAAUCUGAUCAUGAGCAGCAGCUGCAUCUCUGGUGUCAAAUCGCUCUACUGCUUCGAUCUGAUGUACCAGGAGUUGUUCUAUCCAUCAACACCUCCACCGCCAACGAGGUUUAACAAGCUUACGGUCAAUUUGAUGGACAGCGUCGGGCUUCCGCUCUCCAGUUUCGACCUGCGAGCUUCAGCUGCCGGCGACCAAUGCAAGAUCGACUGCUUCCCGCUCGCCGGCAGCGAGGUGGUCUGCGCAGACCAGUCCGGCCGCGCCUUCCGCUUCGACGCGGACAGGCGCCGGGCAGGGACCAUGCCUGGCCUCCACAAGCCCAAGUCGAUGCCCCUCGCCCUCUUCGUCCCCAACCCCCGCGCCGACGACGACCUCGACCACGUUGGCUAUGGCAGCAGCCUCUUUGUCAUGGAGAGGUUCCCCAGACCAGAGGCGGGCUUCAGCGGCGCAGAGGCGGAGCACGGCAGCGAUCAGUUCGAGGCCUUCGUCUACCGCAACACUAGGAUGUCCACCUACGUCAAGGCCUGGCACUGCCAGCAGCUCCCGCCGCCGCCGUUCGUCCGUGAACCCAAGCACUGGCACAGCUGCAGCAGCAGCCGCAGCCGCCCAGAGAUCAGCUCCUACGCCGUGCUCGGCGGUGGCUCGCACAUUUGCUUAUCCGUCAAUGGCGUCGGCACCUACUGCCUGGACACGGCGAGGCACACGUGGAGCGAGGCCGGCGAGUGGACCCUGCCGUUCCACGGCCGGGCCGAGUACGUGCCCGAGCUCAAGCUCUGGUUCGGCCUCUCCGCCGACACCCACCACUUGGCCGCGGCCGACCUCUCCUCCAUGGACUGCCGGCCACAGCUAGUAGUGGGUCCCUGGAAGGAGCACAGGAUGCCGGAGGAGUGGAAGGAAUCCCAGGACCCUCAGCUCGUCAGCCUUGGCUCCGGCAGGUUCUGCGUCGCGAGGUUCUUCCGCACGGGGGCUAACAACGGCGACUUCGGGGACGAACCGAUCGCCGUGUUUACAGGUGUGGAGGUGGUGCCACCUGUAUGUCAUGUAUGUGGCGCCACCAAUGGGAGAGUGCAACUUCGAAUGAUCCCUCACAUGUCAAAAUGCUUGACAUCUAAUGGCUCUACCAUCGAUGAGGUGUUCUGAAUAAUAAUUGGGGUUUGCCAACUUUUUUUUUAAUGGAUUAUGUAUUAUCUGAAUAAUAAAUUACAUAGAAUUAAUAUUGUUGUUCUCUAUUUACUAGCUACUGUGGAUUUGUACUAGUCAUUGUGGUAUUGUCCCAUGAAAGCUGAAUGGUUCUCUAACUAGCCUCCCUUUAUUAUUAACUUGCAAAUUGCU